AUGGACCGGUUCAAGGAUCAAAGGCGGCCUAAAUACAACGGUAAAGAAUCUCCAAACGAAGAUGAUGAUCACUCCCUAGAGGAGGAAGAUGGAGGGACUUCAGAGCCUUUCGGGGGAGCUAAAGUCAGAAGGAAAGCUUCUCGCUAUAGAGAACACAGUGGCGACUAUCUCCACUCGUCCUUGAUUGAUGAAGAUUCUCGAGAAACAAGGUUAGCAUUGCUCCAUUCGCAUCGGGACACGUCGAUUCGAUUCACUGAUAAAGUUUUGAAGUUCACUGGCUCUGGGAAGAUGAAGAGACUGAUCUUUAUACUCACUGACUUUGCUAUCUAUCUGAUUGAUCCUGAGACCGAAGCUAUGACUCGGAGGAUAGCUUUGGCAGCAGUGGAGAAGAUGUGUUUGAGCAAAUUGAGCGAUAACUUCUUCGCUGUCAUUAAUUAUCCCCACGGAGUAUGA